UACUGGGCUGUACUGGGAGGAACUGGGCUGUACUGGGGGGAACUGGGGUGUUACUGGGCCAUACUGGGUGAACCGGUCCCUACCUGUCCAUACUGGUCCAUACUGGUCCUUAGUGGUCCAUACUGGUCCUUACUGGUUUGUACUCAUACUGGUCUAUACUGGUUCCCACCAGUCUAUACUGGUCCAUUCUGUUCCAUACUGGUCUCUACUGGUCCUUACUGGUCCAUACUGGUCCCUACCAGUCCUUAUGGUCUAUACUGGUUCCUACUGGUCCAUACUGGUCCUUACGGUCUAUACCUGUCCCUACCUGUCCCUAUUGGUCCCUACUGGUCCUUACUGGUCCUUACUGGUCUGUACUCAUACUGGUCCAUAUUGGUCCCUACUGGUCCCUACUGGUCCAUACUGGUCUAUACUGGUCCCUAUGGCCCCUACCAGUCUCUACUGUUCCAUACUGGUCCCUACUGGUCCUUAUUUUCCCUACUGGUCCUACUGGUCCCUAUGGUCCAUACUGGUCCAUACUGGUCCUUACUGGUCCUUACUGGUCCACACCAUUCCAAUGCUGCUCCAUACUGGCGCAUACUGGCGCAUACUGGUGCAUACUGGUGCAUACUGGUCCAUACUGGUCCAUACUGGUCCAUACUGGCCCGCAGGCCAUGCCGGACGCCGACCCCCGCCUGGACCCGGGCCGUUGGGCCGCAGCCAGUUUCCGUAUGCGGGGGUCUCCUUCCCCAGCCCCCCCCCCCAGACCCAGGCCCUCCUUUUGGCGCCGGCUGGGCGGGUGCUGCGGGUGCUGUGGGUGCUGUCGGCGCGGCCGUGAGGAUUGGGACCCCCCCCCAGGAGAGGUGCCAGGACGAAGACCCCCCCAAGCUUUGAGGCCGGGCCUGCUGGUCCCCCGAGGUUUGGUUGUGGGUUCAAGGGCCGACCGCAUCGCCCACCACACGGCCGACUUCUCCUCCCCCAACAUGGUGGUCCGCAGGGGGCAGCCCUUCCACAUCAGGGUCCUCCUGCCUCGGCCCUUCGACCCCGACGACGACAGCCUCUGCGUGGAGCUGCUGCUGGAAAGUGGGGAAAUAGGGCGAUUUUUUUUUGGCGCGUCUGACCCAAAUCUGCUUCUUUUUGGUGUUUUCUCCCCCAAACCCCGUGCAGAGGAUGGGGUGUACAUGGAGCAAAUUAACGACCUUAAUGAGUACGUGCUUAACGAGACCGGGCGCAUCUUCUAUGGGACGGAGGAGCAGAUUGCAGAGAGAUCAUGGAAUUAUGGGCAGGUGAACUCCCUGGACGACAACGGGGUUCUGGUUGGGAACUGGACUGGGGAUUACAGCCAGGGCACCAACCCCUCUGCCUGGGCCGGCUCCGUGGAGAUCCUGCGUGCCUACCAUCGCGGCGGGGCCCCGGUCAGAUACGGCCAGUGCUGGGUGUUCGCCGGCGUCGUCACCACCGUGCUGCGCUGCCUGGGGAUCCCGACGCGCACGGUGACCAACUACAACUCGGCGCACGACACCGACGUGUCGCUGACCACCGACAUCUACUUCGACGAGAACAUGAAGCCCCUCGAGCGCCUCAACACCGACUCCGUCUGGAACUUCCACGUCUGGAACGACUGCUGGAUGCGGCGCCCCGAUCUGCCCGACGGCUACGACGGCUGGCAGGUGGUGGAUGCCACCCCGCAGGAGACCAGCAGCGGGCUGUUCUGCUGCGGGCCGUGCUCCGUCACCGCCGUGAGGAACGGGGAGGUGUUCCUCAAGUACGACACCGCCUUCGUCUUCGCAGAGGUGAACAGCGACAAGGUGUACUGGCAGCGGAAGGGCAACGGGGCCUUCGCCAUCGUCCACGUGGAGGAAGGGGCCAUCGGGCGCCGCAUCAGCACCGUGGGGCCGCGCUCGCCCGCCCGCAUCGACAUCACGCACCUCUACAAGCACCCCGAGGGCUCAGACGAGGAACGCAGCGCCGUCUCCACCGCCACGUCCCACGGCUCCCGACCCCGAGCCCGCGGCCCCGCAUCUAUGGGGGAAUUAACGCUGACUUUAGGGUCGGGACCGGCCGUAGCCGGGGUAGAAUUGGAUCUAUGGGUCAAGGUCCGAAAUUCCGGGUCGGAACCACGAAGCCUCCGGUUCCGUUUGUCCCUUUGUGCCCUUCGUUACACCGGGGUUUCGGCGCCGCCUUUCAGACAGGAGCAGCACCGCAGGGUGGUGGAAGCGGGGGGAGAGGAGGUGGUGCGCAUGGCGGUGCCGUACCCCGAAUACUCCCCCCACGUGGGCUCCCAGGACGGCCUGCGCCUGACGGCGGCGGCGACGGCGGAGGAGACGGGGGAGGUGGCGGCCAAGGAGCUGCGGCUGCGGCUCAGCACCCCGGACCUGGGCAUGACGCUGCUGGGCCCCGCAGUUGUAGGGCAGGAGGUUUCGGUUCAGGUUCUGUUCCAGAAUCCGCUGCCCCAAAAGCUGACGGGGGCGGAGCUUCGCAUGGAGGGGGCGGGGAUUUCCUGCCCCGCCUCCGUCAGCGUCGGCACGGUGGCUCCGGAGCAGACGCUGCGGCUCCGUCAGCCCGUGGUUCCGCUCCGUGCCGGCCGUCGUCGUUUGGUGGCCGCCAUGGAAAGCGCCCAGCUGGGCCCGGUGCACGGAGAGCUCCAAUUCGACGCCGUCCCCGGACCCGAUGGGGACAACGUGGAGGGGAGCGGGGAAUCCAACGGCAGGAGGAGGAGGAGGGGGAGGCGCCGGGGGGCGAGGGCGGGGGGGAGCACCGGGGGAUGA